AUGCUGAUAAAAUUUCUUUUAAUUAAUUUGCUAUUUUUUAUUGUAUUCAUAAUUCAUGUCAUCAGUAGUAUAGAACAAUGCAAUUCAAAAGAAACAUGUUCACCAUGCCUUUCAUUGUCAAAUCAAUGUGCUUGGUGUACUCAAAAUUCAACUGAUAUUUCAACACGUAAUGGAUCAUUUUUCCAUUGUGAUACUAUUGAUAAUUUACAAUUAACAUGUCCAGAUCAUUUAAUAUCAUUUAAAAGUUAUCAUUAUGUUUUACAAAAUGAUUCACUUUCAAAUGCCAUUAACAGUACGUCGCAAGCGGUUCAAUUAUCGCCUCAAGCUGUUCAUGUUGUAUUAAGAAUAAAUGAUUCAGAAAAAAUUCCGAUACAUUUUCGUCAAGCUGAAGACUAUCCUGUAGAUUUAUAUUUUCUGAUGGAUUUAUCACAUUCAAUGCUUGAUGAUAAAGAAAAAUUGAGCCAUCUUGGCAGUAUAUUAGCCACAAAAAUGCAAUCUAUAACAAAAAAUUUCCGUCUUGGUUUUGGUUCAUUUGUUGAUAAAAAUGUUCCACCAUUCGUCCAACCAGCACCGAAUACAGUUGAACGUCCGUGUCCAACAAGUUAUAAUGGUCCAUGUGUUAAAGCUUAUGGAUUCAAACAUCACAUGAGUUUAUCCGAUAAUGUUACUGAAUUUGAAUAUCAAGUACGAGAAGCUCCAGUUUCGGGAAAUAUUGAUGCACCCGAAGGUGGACUCGAUGCUGUUAUGCAAGCUAUUGUUUGUGAUGAUGUUAUUGGUUGGCGAAACAAUUCUCGAAAAUUGAUUGUUUUUUCAACUGAUGCUGGUUUUCAUUAUGCAGGCGACGGACGAUUAGCAGGCAUUAUUGAACCGAAUGAUGGUGAAUGUCAUAUGGUUAAUAAUGAAUAUACACAUAGCGAUAAACAAGAUUAUCCAUCCAUUGGUCAAAUAAGUGCGAAAUUGAGUGAAAAAAAUGUGAAUAUUAUAUUUGCUGUAACACAAUCUCAAUUAGCUCUCUAUCAAACACUUACCGAGUUGAUUGACGGAGCAGUUGUUGGUGAAUUAAAACAAGAUUCAAGUAAUAUUGUUAAUCUAAUAAGUCAAAACUAUAAGAAAAUCUCAUCAUCUGUUAUGAUGAUGAUUUCCAAUGAUUUAUCUGAUGGUUUAACAGUGAAAUUUACACCCGAUUGUCAAGAAAGUAAACGUAAUAAACCUGAAUGUACUGUUAGUGUUGGUGGUGUUCUCAAUUUUGAAGUGGAAAUUCUUGCAACAAAAUGUAUUAACAAUGGUACAGCAACUACCUUUUCAAUCUAUACUCAUGGACUGAAUGAUAAAAUGCGUAUAACUGUUCAAACGAAUUGUUCAUGUUUCUGCUCAAAAGUUCCACGUCAAAUAAAUAGUCCAAAAUGCUCAAAUCAUGGUACAUAUGAAUGUGGCGUAUGUACAUGUGCGAAAGGUUUCUAUGGACGUGAAUGUGAAUGUGAUACAGCAUCGCCAACAGUUGAAUCAAAAAUUGAACGAUGCAAAAAGCCGGGUUCGUCAGAUAUUUGCUCUGGCAGAGGACAAUGUGCUUGUGGGCGAUGUAAAUGUGAAACAACAACAAUUGAAGCUGGUCAACGCAUUUAUGGUGAUUAUUGUGAAUGUGAUGAUUUUUCAUGUCCAAGAAAAAAUGAUCUUGUUUGCUCGGGACAGGGUCAUGGUAUAUGUGGUUGUGAUAAACGAUGCAAAUGUCAAGAAGGUUGGACCGGAGACGAUUGCUCAUGUACAACAAAGACGGAUAGUUGUCUUGUCAAUAAUACUAUUUGCAAUAAUCAAGGCAUUUGUGAAUGUGGCAGAUGUAAAUGUAACAAAGAUUCUGGAUAUUUAGGUCCAACAUGUGAAGACUGUCCUACUUGUGAACAUCGAUGUGCUGCUACAAAAGAUUGCGUUCUUUGUAAAAUAUUUGAUAGCGGACCACUAACAAAUGAACAAUGUGAUCGAUGUUCAUAUCGCUUUGACACUGUUGAUGAUGCACGAAAAGAUGUUAAUUAUCGUUUAUGUCAAUUUGAUGAUGAACAAGAUCAAUGUCGAUUUUUCUAUACGUAUCAUAACGAAAAUGAUCAACUUGUACUGCGAGUACAAAAAACAAAAAGUUGUCGACGUGUUUUAUCAGUUCGUUCAACAAUAAUUAUUAUUGUUACAAGUAUAUUAGCAUUUGGCUUAUUUUGUUUAAUGAUAUGGCGUAUGUUAGCAACACUACAUGAUAGACGAGAAUUUGCUAAAUUUGAACAAGAACGUGAAAAAGCUAAAUGGGAAACUGAUGUUAAUCCAUUAUAUCGACAAGCGACUGUUAAAUAUCAAAAUCCUACUUACCGUGGUUACAAAGUAGCUGCUGCAUUAGAUAGCAAUCAUUGA